AUGUCGCCGCCGAUAUACCCCAACGAUGAUGAACGCCUCGAGCAUCCCUUGCGCUCCUACAUGGGCGCAGGCAAGUCGGCAUACAACCUCACUGGCCUCGAUAACACUCCGCCUUCCCAACAUCAAGCCAACGACAUCCCUCCUACCGUACACGCGCACGCGAACUGUAGCCACGGCCUAUCGCUGCAACCCACAGAAGGCUCGGCCAGUCCUGGACAUGGUCAGCAGCUGGUCGAUACAAACGCACCUGGGCAUCUCAUCUCUUCCACGCCUGCGUCGCCACCAUCGUCCCCUGAUGAGGUUCGGUGCAGACAGUGCGAUGUGCCAUUCACUGGUGACGACAUGACGAACAACCUCGCACGACACAUACGGACCCAACAUCCAUCGGCCAACGAGAGCCCUUUGAUGUGCAAGAAGUGCAAGGUCGUGUGUACUCGCAAUGAUGCUCUGUUGAAGCACGAGCGCAAGUGCCAGCCGGGCCUACACGCCGAUCCCGUCAAGAGAAAGAAGAACAAAACGGACACUGCUACGACUCCCUCACGCAGAGCCAACAAGAGCUCUACACCUCGUCGCCGACCAGCCAAGAGGCCUACCCCUACCAAGCUCGGCUCGGCACCGCAGACCCCUCAAAACCAUGCACCUGCAGCACAUCCAACCCAGGCCUCGUAUACUCUACCCGACAUACAGCAAGUAUCAGGGGCGCUGGAAAUGGGCUUUCGAUACCAUCCCAAUCGUACGAUCCUGCAGCAGGCGAGGACCAAGCCUUUCAGGAACUUCAUAAUGAUCUUCAGCAAGCCGUAG